AUGGCUUUGCAAGAUCAACUCGUUAUGGAUGCAGUUCUUGCUUUGAGUGCAAGCCACUGGCGUAAGUUGCAACCCUCCAUUUCCAGAAGGGGCACCAUUCAUCAGACAAAUGCACUCCAAUCACUUGCGAAAGUACUACCACACAUCGAACGUGACUCGGCUGACGCUGCGCUUUCUGCUACUCUUUUGCUAUGUAUGAUUGAACUAUUUGACGGCGCCUCAUCUCACUGGAAACUCCAUCUCGAUGGUGCUCGUCGACUGCUGUCGGCUAUUGACCGGCGAUCCAGCGGGCCACAACUGACCGCUUUCACAACUUUCUAUCGCCAGCUCUACCACUAUCUAGACUCUGCCACAACCAUCUCAACGUGCCAUCCGCCUUUGUUAGAGCUCCCAAAUGAUAGUACUAAGGCAGAGACGCCGUCCUCGACCAGUACUCCCCGCGAGGACAUUGACGAUGAGGAGUCCCUCUACGGAGUCCCUAAGUCACUUUUUCACUUCGUUGACAAAAUCAACAGCCUUGCAUAUCAACGCAAGUUCAGAAACGAUCCAAUAUUCGAGAAUAUGUUUCAGGCAUCGGCGACAAGACUAGAAGAAGAGUUGUGUCAAUGGAGUCAGGAUCGUAAUCUGCAGGAACCACCAACGUGGUCGUCGGAGGAAGCUUCGGUCAAACAUGCAACAAUUGCAUUUGAACAGGCACUACAGCUGAGACUCCAUCAAGUUGUCAAUGGGUAUUCGAUCGAUCACAAAAAGGUCGGUCACUGUGUAGGUCGCAUUCUUGACGCUAUCCAAGAGAUACGCUAUGGCAGCCCUCUCGAAAGCAGCCUUACCUUCCCGUUAGUUAUGGCGGGUAGCAGCUGUAGUACGGAAAGCGAGAGGAUGAUUAUUCGAGAUCGCUUCCUCAUCAUGGAAAGAACCCUUGGGUUUCGAUACAUCUACACUGCUCAUGAACUCGUCCAAAGAGUUUGGAAGCAAAGGGAUUCAGGCCUCAAUACCGAGGAUGUCAAUUGGGCAGCUAUACGAUACUUUCAGAUCCCAGGCCUCGCGCUAAUCUGA